GGCUGUCGAUGGGAAACCCAUCCGUUUGGGGCGUGUGGAAAAGCAGCGUUUCUGUUUGUCGUGGUAAUUCAGCAUCUAUCCAAGUUUUCAUUGAUUUAGAUUUGUGUUUUGUAAGAGUAUAUCCUCACGCCAACAUGGACUCGCUCCUCUCACGGCUCUUUUCCUCGGAAGAAGAAGAGUUGUACAUUUUGGACUGCAUGGGUUACUUUAUGGUUUUUAUGGCAGCUUGCACUUUUGUGACUUUGCUGUUCGAAAAUGUCCCAUAUGGCCGAUAUGCUACAAGCAAAUACGGGUUUCCAGUGAAUGUACGGCUUGCAUGGUUUAUUCAGGAGUUACCUGCAUUCCUGGUGCCUUUCUGUUUAGUAUUUUGGACGUCCUCGGCGAAGACCUCCGAACUACCUAACCAGCUCCUUAUCGCUAUGUAUUUCUGCCAUUAUGUCCAGAGGUAUGUAGGAGUUAUAAAGAAACCAAGCAGCAUUUCGGUUAAUAUUAUGAUAUAUUCUACUAAGUUUUAACAGUUGAAAUAACUGUAUUUAGAUCUCAACAUUUUAUUCUGUUUCAGGUCCCUUAUUUAUCCAUUUUUGAUACGAGGGGGUAAACCGACACCAUUCGUCUCAUUUGUCCUGGCCAUUGUUUUCUGUCUAUAUAAUGGAUACAUGCAGAUCAGGUACCUGAGCCAUUAUGCUGAGUACCCUGCUCACUGGGUCACACAUCCAUGUUUCAUUGCAGGUAGGUGUCCCGUAUCUGCAACUCGUUUCCUCAACAGAAACAUAAAUGCUUUGUUUUGCAUGAAAUCUUGUCUUUCUAACUUCCUUUUAACAUCUGAAAUCUACAUUUAAUGCCCCGUGAAUAGUUUUAAAGUAGUGGCAAAACAGGCUGAAAUUAACACGUGUACUUCUUUAUGAGCCCUAAAAGCAGUAAAGCAAGACCAUCAGCAGCAAAACUGACAAUUGUUAUAUUCAAAUUUUUCAUACCUGCAACACAAAGGGGAGGAGACAGACCGAGUGAUUGACAGCAGGCUGACAAUCUCUCAUCAGAAAAUACUACUUUGGCAUGUAAAGGAAAGAGAAAAGGUUUCAGACUUCGCCCACAGGGUGCGCCAAAAUUGACCCAGUACUGACCCAUAGUAUUGACCCAUACUUAAAGUUGCACUAGAUCAGUGUUUUUCAACCAGUGUGCCGUGGCACGCCAGUGUGCCAUGACAGAUAGUCAAGUGUACCCUGAGAAAUUAUCCAAUUUCACUGACUUGGUCUAUUUUUUUAAUUACUUAUUAUCUGCAAAUAAAAUGCAAUUCUCAAGUGUCUGUGCUGUAAUCUAUAGCCUCAGGUUUGGUGAGUUUGAAUAAACUGAGAGAUGAUAUUGUCAUAAGUGUCAUUUGGUAAAAUUUUUGGUUGUUGGUGUGCCUCGUGAUUUUUUUAAUGAAAAAAAAAAGUACCAUGGCUCAAAAAAGGUUGAAAAACACUGCUCUAGAAGCUGUAAUCAAAGUACUUGUGAUUGCAUAGUAUUUUUUAUACUCGUGGAAAUAGUACCAGCUAUUGAGUGUGUUUGGAUGGCUCUAAUUUUAGUUUUAUAAAAUAUUAAAGCCUUGCUCAGAGAUGUAAAUUAAAACUUUCUUUGUUCCAUUAUCAAGUUUUUCUUCUCUGCAAGUGUUUACAUGCUUUACAAACUUUUAAGACAUUAGGAGUUUUCCCCAGGCCAUCCUUGUUGUUAAAGCUUGCACAAGAAGUUGUUAUUUUGAAUAUGCAUGUUUCAUGUUUUUUUUUUCUUUUUUUUUUUUUUUACAUUUUUUGCCCCCCAUACUCACACUCCUUACAAACCCCGCAAAACCCUACCUGAGCAGCAGAGAAAGAAAAGUAUACAUUGUUUUAAAAAGUAAUAAAUGCAGGUUUAAAAAAACUUUACAGCUAUCAAGUUUUUAAUCAGAGAUGUGGGGUGUUGAUUCAAAGGUCUGGGCCCAAACUAAUGUGCAGUAAUUACACUGAUUUGUGUGAUUAUCCCAGUAUGCGUCCACAGUCCAGACCAGUCAUAAACUGUGAACGAAAAGUCUCAUGAUUUAGUCUGAAAAUGUUGUUAUUAAGUUGAUAAAUUUUUCAUUAUCAACAUGAACCAUUUUAAGUUUGUUAUUAUGUAUUAGUGAGUAUUAAACAGCCACAGCUUCUUUUAGCUGCUCAAUACACAUUUUUCAUGAGAUGUAGCAUUUAAUAUUUAACAGACAUGAUAAUUGAACACCAUCAUUGCAAGAUAUACAAUUUAAAUAAAUAUUUAAAAAUUGCAAAACACUCUAGUAUUGACAUUAAGACAAUCAGGUGAGAAAACUUAGCUUUAACUAACUGCCAUCUCUGCAUCAAGUGUGGAGCUUUUACCAGGAGAUAAUUGACUUGGAUAAGCGUAAGAGUGCAUCUGUAAGAGUUGUAUUAAUCUGCUCAUUUAACUCAGAGAGGUUAGAAUGUGUCCCACAAUUUUGAGGGUAUCUUCAAAAACACAAUUUAGCUCUUUUGACAAGGAAUGUCAUGCUAAAGCAGCUUUAAAUUGGUGCUUCUCCAGGGUCUGCACUGUGGUUGGUUGGUUGGCUGAUGAAUGUGCACUCUGACCACAUCCUGAGGAACCUGAGAAAGCCAGGGGAGACUGGUUACAAGAUUCCCACAGGUAAGGGCCUGAGUCAUCAAACACUGGGUACAAUAUUCUGCCAAAGCAGAAUUCAUUUCUCUAUUUAUUUUCUAGAGUUUGUCUAACAAGCUGUUUUACUGAAGCCAAUCUUAACAUGACACAAGUUCUUUUUAACAAGCUCUUCUGCAGAAUAUGCAAAUGCGGGUCAUAAACUGUUCAAAGCACAUCUCCUGUUGUGAGAUCCCCAAAGCUUUAAAGUUUGAUUCUAUUUCCACCAAUGCUGCAGGGUGACAAGAAAGCAAAGAAAGCAGUAAUCACAUUUUGGCGCAAAACGUUGCGGUCUUCCUACACAGGCCAACGUUCUAGUUUUCCAGUGUGGUCACAAAAUUAUACAGGACCAUGCUGUCAGCAGAAUCAGAGGUCGUCAAUAGUUGUCUUUUUCUUUCUGUAUUGCUCUCUGUGAGCCCUUACAUUUGAGCUCUAUGUCGGUUCCCGUUACUUUCGCCCUAAUAUGGUCCAGCUUUACAAUACCUGUUGUGUUUGUGGGUUAGUGAAGAAAGUCAAAUGAUCUAAAAGUGUUGAAAGUACUGUAUGAUGACAUUAAGCUCACCCAGAAUGUAAAUCAUGAUCCAAAUGUCAUCAUAAUUAAUGUACGUAUUAUCAUCUACAUUACUUUUAAAUAUUGUUGAAGUAAACAAAAAUGCUAGUUUAGAUGUCCCAACAAAGCUAGUUCAAUAUGUUAAUAAUAUGUAAAUGCAAAGGGACAGUUUGACUCUCUUGAAAAUCCAAGAAUAAGCUGAUUAUUUGAGCUUAUCAACCCUAAAAUCAGCCCAUCCCUUAGUAAUAAAUGUGAUGUAUCCUUUUCUCCUCACAAAUUUCAAGAACAAACGAGGACGCCUCUGGCGAGAAGGCAGGGCCGGCACCCGGCACAGGUGAGGUGGAAUCCUCGCCAACAGCGGGGGCAAACUGUCUUUGCCACCCCGAUCAAAACCACCCAAAUCUCUGACUUUUUGUGUGAGGGAUAAAAGAGACUAGCGAUCAUACACCGAACAGAGAGUCGAUUUGUUUAGUGCCAAUGGUUAAAAACAACAGAAAAAACAAACAUUGCAGGAGUAGCAGACGGCCAGCCACACACACAGGCACCAUCUAGCUCCCUGAGUAAGAAACCUUAAUCUUAAUCCCACCGACAAACUCUGGAUGACCACAACCUCCAAACACAGCAUGGAGGGGGUGGGGUGGGGUUAAAGUAAUGGUGCCAGUUUGGCUCAGGUAGAGGAGUGGGUGUUCAGAGGACAAGGUCCUUGUUAGGCAGGUGGUAGGAUUGAUUCCUGGACCUGACAGUUUUUGGAGUAUUUCCCCCCUUACUCUCCCCCCAUAUUUUAUGACUUCUUUAAGCUAAAAGCUCCAAAUAAAACCUUUAAAGAAGUCCUGUGAAAUUAACGGCUGCUGCCGAGUUCAGGCACUUAAACAUCAGGUGAGCUUCUGGAGAAGGUUUAUAAUCCAUGUGAUUUAAACAAAUCACCUUUGACCCUCAGCUUUGAUCUCCUCACACCUUACUAGCCCGGUCAUAUCCUGAGGUCCUCAGCCAAGGGUCUGCAGACUAUUCCUCAGUCCAGGCUGAGGAGUAGUCUCUCAGACACAGACUGGGCUGGUUUGAGCCACUUGGAUGUCUGAUGCAGCCUCUGCUCCCACUUCCGCCUGAUCUCUGAGGGAAGAAGCAGCUGUGCCAGCAUCUACUUACACUUCUGCAACCUCCUGCACACCCACCUUAAACUCACCUCAUUCCACCAACUGUUUCAAUAGAUAAGCUUUAAUUUCUCCUUUAUGAGCAUGGACACAUGCUCAUAAAGCACACAUUCAUGUUGAGCCUCUGAUCAAUGUUACACUCCCUUCCAAGGGGGCAGGUGAGCAGCAUAAACUCAAACCAGCAGGAAAACAAGCAACAAAAUGUGUUUACUUUUCAAACAGUGGAAAAGUUACAAUAAUAAAGUGAAGAGAAAAUAAUAUCUCAAGAUAAGCAGAUGGAUAACAAAAUAAGAACAUAAAAAACAACACAAAAAAAUGCCAUCAAGUAACAAACUCUAUUCCUAAAGAAAUACUAUGGAAUAAACAGGAAGAAACAGGAAUAGGCUUAAAUAAUAUGGGAAAAAAAAACAGGAAUAAACAGAAUAAACCGGAAUAAACAGGAUUACAGUGGAAUAAUCUAUAAUAAACUGGAAAAAACUAGAAUUAACAAGAAUAAAUUGGAAUAAACUAGAAAAAACAGGAAUAAACUAGGAUAAACUGGAUAAAACUAGAAUAAAACUUCUGAGCAGGAUUACACAAAAAUAAACAGGAAUAAACAGGAAAAUGCUGGAAUAAAAAUAAAUAAACAGGAUUACACUAGAAUAACUGGAAAAAAAUGGAAUAUACAGGAAUAAAGAGAUCUACUAGGACCCCGUUGGGGCACUGGCGGGCCCGAGCUGUGUCGCGUCCCCCCCCCAACGCGCUGCCUCCCCGUCCCAUUUGUGUCCUCUGGCCAUCGCCCUCUCUGGUAACGCCCAUCACUGCAAAGACCCUUUUCCUUCAUCGGCGUUUGCUGUUCUUCCUGCCAGUGCGUGUUGCUUUCACUUACACUUGCCACAGCCAGCCUCGUGAGUGCCUAGCCUAUUGGAUAUCACUGUCACCUACACAGGACAGUCAUUACCUUUCUAUUAAUACUUUGUUUUUUAAUUUCACAUUAAUUUCCAUAUUGUAUAAACAACUGGAAAAAACUUGAGCCCCUGCCCCUGUAUAAUCAUGUGCACGUCUCUGUUCUAGCUCUAAGGUGAAUCUUCACUGCUCAUGUUCUCCUCAGAAGCAGUCACCUCACUCCCCUCAGGUUACUGUACACAUGCACCAACUGCCUGCUUCAGGUUUGGAUGGAGCUUCAUGGUUGUCUUUUGGAGAAAUGACCAGUCAAGUUGUGUUUGAAAUUUGAUUUUUUUCAGGGGCAAAAGGAGCCUCUGCAUUCUUGUCAAAUAUGUAAAUAGCAUGUUUUUGCAGGUGCUAAAAACCAGACUCUGAGUGUGUGUGUGUGCGUGUGUGUGUGUGUGUGUGUGUGUGUGUGCGUUCAAGUCACAUGACAUAUUUAACCGGAUGUAGCUGCAAGACGGAGCCUCGUUGACUCUCCGUUUCAACUUAUCUCAAAAGUGAGGACCUCAACCUAUAUACCAGUUUUUAAAUUGUGUUGAUAGGCCAAAUAAAACCAGAGUUAUGAUAAAUUAUGUCCGCGAUACUUGUUUUCUGCUUAUUUUGAUCACGUUCGGCGCUCGAUCGCGCUGUAUGAGACAGGAAAACAUAGCAUGCAGACAUUAGCGACAGGUCUUACAGGCGGAAAAGGCUUGCCAAAGGAAAAAAAAAAACACACCACAACAUCUCUCCUAUUGGUGGAAAACUUCACCACAACAACCAAUCCAAAAUUAUAUGGUGACUGAUUGACAAGGGGCGGGCGCUUACGUUCUUCCUGCAAUAUGAGAAGGGAGGGAGGGACUCUCAGCAGGGAUGCAGUCUGGGACAUGUAGUUGCAAACCUAGCGACUUCAAUGACUUUUCAGACCCCCUAACGACUUUUUUUUAGAAAGAAAGGGACUUUUAUCGACUUCUUCUGGAGUUUAGAGACUCUGACAUGAAGCAGGCUUUCCUUACUGAGGAGUUAGCAACGCUGCUAAGGGUGCAGAGCCACACAUGCGCUCCGAGCUCUGCAUGGGAGACUGAAGCUGACAGAGCUGCAGCAGUUAGCAGGUUUCACCCUCAGAGACCACCAGGGGUUCAUGUUGAGGCAUUUUCAGUUUUUUUUUUUUUUUUGCCAUAGACACUGUCAGCACAAUCUGCAGUUACACUAACAAAAAUGCUGCAAAAAACAAAGAAUUAUGGAAAAAUUACACAUGGACUAACAUAGAGGAGGAUCUACACAAGUUUUUUACAUCAUGUUUUACAUCAUGCAUCAUUUACAUCAUGUUUUUUUGUAGUGGCAUAAAUAAAAAGUGACAUUUGUGAGACUAUACAGUGUUUUGUAAAUAAUUUUACAAAGAACACCUGGGCCAUUGCCUGCAUUUUGAUGUAAAUAGAGGUAAAUUACUAUGUUCUUUGUUAAAAAUUUGCAUAUGUUUUGAAGUUUACAAUUUUUAUUUGAAGUUUAAGUUUUAAAAACAGUUCAUCACACAUAUUUGUGGUUUUCACAGUAAAAACGUUACUUUUUUCCACUCGGAUUUUAUGUUUUGUGUGUGAAUUUGGGUCCAAUGUGUAAAUAUAGUAUGUCAAAAUGAUAAAAUAACUGUAAAUUGACACAGGUGAGGUUGUGCUGAAAAAAAUGAUACCAGGCAAGGCAAGGUAAAAAUUUUGUAAGAGGAAAUAUAAAGGUAAAAUCUAAAGAAGUCAAAAACGGCCAAUAGUGACUCACAGACUCCACAGACAAGUCCCUUUGGCGCCACUCAGUGGGCAAAACUACUUUGUCUACUGUAAUGUAUAUUUGGGUCAUCUUUGGCGCCCCCUAAAACGUAAACCGUGGGGUGCAGCGUCAUGAUUUUUACAACUUUGAAUGGCCAUGGAGUGUAGAUUGGCCUGAGCAAAUUUGGUGUCAGUGGGAUGAAAGCCUUAGGAGGAGUUAGCGAAAUUCCAAUGUGUGCGAAUCGGCAAAAAAUGCAAAAUAGCCCUUUUACCGUACAUUAUACAGAUACGCGCUCUUUGACUUUUUCGUAGAUCUAAUUGAGAUACACAUGAUUGUCAAUUUUUGUGUCAUUUUGCCAAAGCGUACAGGCGUGACAGUCAACAAUGUGUAUUUUCACCUUAGGGGACAAGAAAAAAUGGACUUUUUUCUCCUGCCAUGGGGGGGCGCUCUUUUAGGGAGUAAAAAUUCCUUCACAAAUGUGUUGAUGGCUGGACAUUGCAUCAUCCUAGAAAACUUGGAGGCCAGUGAGGACAAAAAUAAAAAGUUAUAAGACUUUUAAAAAUGUGGAUUUUUGGGUUAUCUUUGGCGCCCCCUAGAACGUAAACCGUGGGGUGCAGCGUCAUGAUUUGAAUAACUUUUAAUGGCCAUGGGGUGUAAAUUGGCCUGAGCAAAUGUGGUGCCGGUGGAACGAAAGCCUUCGGAGGAGUUAGCGAAAUUCCAAUGUGUGCGAAUCGGCAAAAAAUGCGAAAUAACCCUUUAACCGUACAUUUGACAGAUACGCGCUCAUGGACUUUUUUGUAGAUCUUAUUGAGAUACAUGUGUGUGUCAAUUUUUGUGUCAUUUUGACAAAGCGUACAGGCGUGACACUCAACAAUGUGUAUUUUCACCUUAGGGGACAAGAAAAAAUGGACUUUUUUCUCCUGCCAUGGGGGGCGCUCUUUUGGGGAGUAAAAAUUCCUUCACAAAUGUGUUGAUGGCUGGACAUUGCAUCAUCCUAGAUAACUUGGAGGCCAGUGAGGGCAAAAAUAAAAAGUUAUAAGACUUUUAAAUAUGUGGAUUUUAGGGUUAUCUUUGGCGCCCCCUAGAACCUAAACCGUGGGGUGCAGCGUCAUGAUUUGAAUAACUUUUAAUGGCCAUGGGGUGUAGAUUGGCCUGAGCAAAUGUGGUGCCGGUGGAACGAAAGCCUUCGGAGGAGUUAGCGAAAUUCCAAUGUGUGCGGAUCGGCAAAAAAUGCGAAAUAACCCUUUAACCGUACAUUUGACAGAUACGCCUGCACUGACUUUUUUGUAGAUCUUAUUGAAAUACAUGUGUGUGUCAAUUUUUGUGUCAUUUUGACAAAGCGAACAGGCGUGACAGUCAAUAGUGUGAAUUUUCACCUUAGGGGGCGCUAUGGAGCCAUUUUGCAUUUUCUUGUUUGGGCGACUUUGGAAUAUCAAAUUUUUCACCAGGCCCGGUCGUACUGCCAAAUUUCAUGAGUUUUCGCCAGUGGGAAGUGGGCCAUUUUCCAGUUCAAAGGGGAGGAAAAAGAAAAAAGAAACAAAGAAAAACCACUUGGGGAAUAAUAGGGCUCUCGCAGCUGCUUAGCAGCUACGCUCGGGCCCUAAAAACUGCCGUUAAGGUAAGGUUGAGCUAUUUCUAGAUUUAAGUCCUGUUGUUGAGCAGAGCUUCACAUUGAACACAAGGUCCCUGCUGCUACCCUGUUUUUAACUACUGUCCUCUCUCAAAAUUGUAUGGUGUCUGUGUUACUAGGUGUUUUUUAAAGAGCUUUAUAAAUGCAUUGGUUGGGCAUUACUGGGGUAAAAUAGGCAUUUGGCUCACUCUGUAAAUGUGGUUUAUUAUUAUUAUUUCUCCAAAUGAACAGAGAAUGGUCCCUUUCAUAUCGAGGAAUGAUGCAACAUGUUACUCAUAAGGAAAUCAGAUUUUCUGAAAAGUUAACUAACAAUAAAAUAAAAAAAUGUACCGACAAAAAGAAUGAAAGAUUAUUUUACUGGAUCUUUUUGUCAUUGUACAGCUUUGCUGGUGUGAAAGUGAACUUUGUUUGAGACCUAAAGUCAGUUGUGGGGUUGACCAAACAAGUCACGGGCACAUCUCCAAAUUCCUUUGUGAAAGUGCCUGAAGGGAGCCAGAAUUGUCGAGUACAAUAGAAUCCAUAGGUCUGUGUUUUCUUAUCAAAUAAUUAGCUAAUACAAACCACAAGUUGGAAUUUUCCUUCAAUAAAUCAAUCAGUACUUAUAACAGGUUCAUAGAGAGAGCAGCUCCUCUGAUAAAGAACAUAGUCGAAAUAAUAGCACCUUGAAGCUGAACUCAGCGAACCUGUGAAAACAAUCCACCCUGGACGCUUAAGGAUAAUAAAAGGGAGUGAGCAAGGAAAGAGGAAGCUGUGAGCUGGGCUGCUACAAAUGAACUUCCAGGCACGUCUGGAAUCCCCUCAGCCAAGAAUCUUGACAUUUUCACAUGAGGGUAGCAACAUUACUCACAGCCUGUAGCCAGAUAGAGAGUGCUCAGCCAUUUAUGAUCAGUGUGGAUCUGGAUAUGUAAAUAGCCUAUUAAUGUUUAGCAGACACAAAAUUAUAGAGAGAAAUUUGAAAUACCAGGACUGCCACUGCUAACUUUUUAAAGGUGGCAGAAGAAAAUCAGUUACAAUUUCUUACAGAGGUGUAUAUUGGGCCCAUUUUAGUGUUAGUUUCCUUGGAUAAAUAAGUCACAUCUGUCUUGAUUGCCUGCUUCUCACCCUACAGGUGGCGUAUUUGAAUAUGUAUCUGGAGCAAACUUCUUGGGAGAGAUAACAGAGUGGGCAGGCUUUGCUCUGGCUGGCCACUCUAUCCACAGCAUAUCUUUUGCCGUCUUUACCACCGUGGUCCUCGCCAGUAGGGCUGUGGCGCACCACAAGUAAGAAGAAGAACACUCAUAGAAUAAGCAGAUCAUUCAGGGAGGAGAUGUUUGCUGUAACUGUUUAUCUUAAUCUUCUCACUAUCCUUACAGAUGGUACCUCAAUAAGUUUGAAGACUACCCCAAAACGAGGAAGGCACUGAUCCCCUUCCUGUUCUGAAAACAUUUUGGACUCUGGAAAUGUCAAAAUGUGAUGGAUCAUGGUCUGGCUGAGAGGAGCAUCCCAUCAUCAUUAGUUAAUAACUCAGUGGAGCUCUGAUGACAGGGCAGUCCUUGAAGAUGCCAAUUGAAACUGGAAAUGUGUGCAUGUUGAUGAUUUGAGCAGCAAGGGUAUUCUCAUCUGUGUCAUGGAUCAUAAUUACCAACAAAGCAACCAACUUCAGCACCUAUGAACUGACUCUGAGAGGAUUUAUUGCUGAAAAACAACAGAGGAAGUUAGACCCUUAAAUAGUGCGAUAGUAGAUUUAUAACAACGCUCUGCACCAGCAAUAAACAGUUUAAAGACUCUUCUCUGAUCUACAGACUCUUCCAGAUAGAACAUAAACUCAGAAAUGCAAACUAGAUUGUUGAAGUUGUCACAGUCAUUGUCAUAUCCUUAUUUGGAAAUCCGUACCACUGGAGAGACUUUACCUCUUACCCCAUCUUCUGAAGAAGGGAAGCCACUUUUUGGAACAAACGAUGACUGUAUCUCUGUCAUGUAAAGACUGAAGCAGGCCUGUCAGCAGCAACUCUGCUGCAGGGAAAUCAAAUGGAGAUCAUGCAAGGCCCUCUACAGCUCAACCAUGCCUGAAAUGAGAAGAGGAGAGAAUCGCCCUGGAACAUCACCGCUAUCAGGGUUUCAUAGAAUGAGAGAAAAGGAGGAGAGCUGGUUAAGAAACAGAAGGGAAAGACAGAAUGGUUGCAUUUGUGAUUUUAUGAAUGACAAAAGAUUAAAAAAAAAGGAGACAACGGUGAUGUUCACAUCUCUGUAACAGAUGUGUAAUUACCAGUUUUAAAAUCACACCUAUUUAUUUAUAAAACAUGUUCUGUAUUAUUUUAAUCAUUUUAUGAAACAGGUUUGGAUCAAGUGCAAUUAUCUUCACUUUGGCAAAACAUUUACAAAUUAUCUGUAUUUGCAAGUGAAAAAGGACCCUUGCUUUUGACACUGCUAUCUAAGUUGGAAAUGUAUGCUGAAGUUUUCUACCAUAAACCUACCUGCAUUUUGGGUCUUCAGUCUUGCGGUUUGUUCCAGUAACUCCAACUCAACACUAGUGAAAGCCAAGGUUAAAGUGUUAUUUUGAAAUAAGAUUGUAUUCUUACCAUUUUUUACAUCUAGUUUCAUCAAUAAAUACAAGGACCAGUGUGUCUGAGCGUGAUGAGAAA